CGUGCUCUCCCAAGGCCAUGAUGCCUUCCGACACUGAUUUCAAAGGCAAUCCGACAACGGAGUUGGAUUUAUACUCCACUUGGGCGCUUCUUCUCGACGACUUCUACGCUGCCCAUUCGUGCUCUGCCUCUCUUCUUUAUAGAAUUUGGUGCACAAGUUAAAGGAACCAUUUACUCUCCAUUUUAAAACUACCACCUCACGUGCCUUUGCCAUUCUACUACCAAAUUCACUCUUAAUCACCAUGUCAUCGCCAGUACCGUACGAAGAGCCGUACGAGGACUCGCCCACCAUCAACACCACAGAGUCAGGAUAUGCCUCAGGCAACUCUAGCCAAGACAGUCUUCCAGAAGUCUACUUCAGUAGACCACAUCUGAAGUUUCUCAACUCACAAUUGCAAAAGCUCGAGCCACAGGAUAUUCUUCGUUGGUGCAUCACGUCACUUCCUGGGCUCUAUCAAACAACAGCCUUUGGGUUGACCGGCCUUGCCACCUUGGACAUCUUGUCAAAACUCUCUGGACCGAUUAAGCCUAAUGUCGACCUCAUCUUCAUCGACACUUUGCAUCACUUCGACGAGACACUUUCUCUAGUUGACCGCGUUCGGAGACGCUAUGGUACCACCAUCCACAUCUACAAACCUGCUGGUACAGACACUGCCGCUGAGUUCUCUACAAAGCACGGCAACAAGCUCUGGGAGACCAAUGAAGAGCUUUAUGACUACGUUGUCAAACAUGAGCCUGCGCAACGUGCCUAUUCCGAGCUCCAAGUCAAAGCCGUGUUAACGGGCCGCCGUAGGAGCCAAGGUGGAAAGCGCGGAGAUCUUGAUAUUAUCGAAAUUGAUGACAACGGCCUCAUCAAGAUCAAUCCGCUGGCGAACUGGUCAUUUGCGCAAGUGCAAGAAUACAUCCAUGCAAACAAUGUUCCAUUUAACGAUUUGCUCAACAACGGCUACAAGAGUGUAGGCGACUGGCACUCGACUCAGCCCGUUUCCCAAGGAGAGGACGAGCGAUCCGGGCGCUGGAAAGGGCGCGCCAAGACCGAGUGUGGUAUCCACAAUCCCAAAUCAAGAUACGCCCUAUUCCUUCGCCAGCAAGCAAUGAAGCAGCAGGAAGAGGAACUGAGCCAAGCCCUGCAGAAGGUGGCACUGGAUGCAUGAGCGGAUGUCGUGCUAUGGAGGCGUUCUGAGUGGUGAUUUCUAGCAUUUUAGCAUUGGCGUUCAGGUCACAUCGAGCAGUUCAAGAAAGCGUGAGCAUUACUCCCCCGGCAAACGCUGUACAUGUGCAUAUACGCACAUGCAGUGUUCUCCCGGGGUAGAGAUACAGAAGAAUGGGUAAAUAAACCCAAUAUGCAAG